AUGUGUUUGGAUUCACUCCUUGAGCAAGUGGUAUGUCCGAAAUUUGCAAUCGAGCUUUCAUUAUUCGACGAUGGCAGUACAGAUAAUACUUCCAGUAUCAUAACACUCUAUAGAUCGAGAUUUCUGGAAAAAGGCAUCAAUGUUAUUGUUGGAAGUAUCAAGCAUUCCAGGGGCGUAGGUUUUGCCAAAAACAGUUGUGUGCGACAGUGCGGCGGAUCGGUUCUAAUAUUCUGCGAUGCAGAUGAUAUCUCAGUGAAGCAUCGUUUCAUCGCAUUAUAUAAUGUUUUGCAUAAUGCACCCAGACCUGACUUGACUCUUAUUGGUUCAAGAUUUGAACGUAUCCCAUCUGGGUCAACAUUACGUUAUACUCAGUGGGCUAAUUCACUAAACGAUAAACAAAUUUAUAAUCAGGCUUUCACUUCUUAUGGGCCCUCAAUGAUUGCUCCUACCUGGUGUAUGUCGAAAAAGCUUUAUGAUAAAGUUGGAGGUUUUCAUGAAGCAGAACCAGUGGGUUAUCCGGAGGAUUUGCGCUUUUUUUAUGAUGCUUUGAAGAUUGGUAUAGAUUUUAUAAAGGUUGAGGAAUCUUUGGUAAUUUACCGUUAUCAUCCAAAGUGUGCCUCUGUAGAUGUAACAGAAGAAAUGAUAUGGAAAAUGCGUAUAGCCAUGUUUGAAGAACUGGUUCUUUCGAAGUGGAAAAAAUUUAUGGUUUGGGGUGCCGGUAAAGUUGGAAAAAAGUUUUACAGGUCAUUAAGCAACGAGAACCGUUUAAAGGUGACAGCUUUUUGCGAUAUUGAUGUAAAAAAACUCCUUUGGGGGCGUUAUGAGUAUUUUGUUCCAGGUCAACGGAGAAUCCUUGCUACAGUCCCAAUUAUCCCACUGAGCGAAAUGGUUGCCCCAAUUGUUUUAUGUUUAAAAAUGGACUUUCUUAAUUGCAAAGAAGUAAGAAGGAUACUAAGAACUCGUGAAAUGGUCGAGGGAAAGGAUUAUUUUUAUCUUUGGUAG